AUGAAUAUUUGCGUUAUAUCGUCAAGAGCCAGGAAGAACGUUCACAGUCGUUAUGUCUGUAGCCACGAAGGGCUUUCAUUCGCUGGAUCGUGUAUCCUAUUCACCAUAAAUUCCCAGGGCCUAAGCAUCAUCGUGCAGGAACACCUGAAUAAAACUGGCCACGGAAAGCUUUCGAUUUCCAAAUUCCAUCCAGAUGUGGCAUCAACUUCAGAUAGCACAACGACUCAAUUAACUCA